GUUGUUGUUGUUACAGCGGUGAUGGAGAAACCGAGGGACCGCUACCGGCACCGUUAGCCAGCACCGAACCAGUCCAGGCGAGUCUACCUACACAAAAGAGACCGAGACGGGGAAAGAAGAAACUAACGGACUGGAGGGAGAGAUGGAAACUGUUGAGCAGCUCGUCUCUUUCCACCACAUUCAGGUCCAGUUGAGCGGGGGCGCGCCUUGGGGGUUCACGCUGAAAGGAGGGCUCGAGCACGGGGAGCCGCUUAUCAUCACUAAAAUCGAGGACGGAGGGAAGGCGGCGCUGUGCAAGAAGCUGAAGGUCGGUGACGAGCUCAUUAACAUAAAUGGAUCAGCCCUCUACGGCAGCAGGCAGGAGGCGCUCAUUCUCAUCAAAGGCUCAUACAGGAUCCUGAAGCUGGUCGUCAGGAGACGCAGCGUUCCUCUCAUCAGGCCUCACUCCUGGCACCUGGCGAAGCUAUCGGAGCUGCCCCUCCCUCCCCCUCCCCCUCCUCCGUCUCCUCCUCCACCCUGCCUCCCCACCGCCGACUCCCCUCCCCUCCCCCCUCCUCCCCCUCUGUCUGCCAUGCAGCUCCACCCCGGCCCCUACACACUACCCUGGCACACAUCUGACAACAGUGACUUGUCCUUGCAGUGGGGUCAGCUGUCCAGGCCUUACUCCUCCACUGACCGAAGCAGUUCCCUGGGCUCCAUGGAGAGCUUGGACACACCAACACCUACAACACAGCCUUACUCCGACUCCCACAAUUCCCCUGUCGACCCCGUUCUCUUCAACAACAAGAGAGACUCUGCCUACAGCUCAUUCUCCGCCAGCUCUAACACAUCUGACUACGCAACUGUGCCACUACGGCCUGGAGAAGCCUGCUCCAUGGAUAACCUCCUCCAGAGUCUGGGACCAGCUUGUCGAGGCUACCCUGGUGUUGAUACCUCAUCCCUUGGGAAUUCCUCUGGUGAAGUCCUGGAUGAGACACAGCUUGUUGUGCUUAAGUCCAGGUCGCUGACCAGGCCUAGACCAAGGCCUGUUGAGGUUAAAGAGAGGCCCUCCUCAUGUUGUUAUGAGGAGGAGCGCAGGGGAGAGGACUUUGAAAUCGUAAGAAAUGGGGAAAUAGGAGCUGAGAGAAAGAAGAAUCCACCUCAGCCUCCAACCAGGAAGGAUAGUUUCAGGGCUACCCGAAGUCGCCCUCACUCAGCCAACCCACGCUGCACAUCUGCACCCAUUGAAAUUUCCAGUGUUUCUCCUCACAGUGAGGAAACAAAGUCUUCUCUGAAAGUUGAAUCAAGAAUCCAUAAUGGCUUCUCCACAACAGAAGAUAAAACUGGGAACUCCAAAGAGGAUUCCUUGGACUUGCACUAUCUCCAAAAACACUCUAAAGACAUUAGACAUAUUAGAUGUGACACAAGUGAUGACAAAGACUGUUUUUCAGGGACGUCAUCAGAUCACAUCUCUGACCCAGUCUCUGCCCCCUUCAUCUCCUCUCGCCCUGGCUCCUUAUCUGCAGAACCCUCCAUUGAAGUCCAAGGGGAGUCUCAUAUCAUAGAGUCCCAGCCAAAGCAUUCCUCAAGGGGGCUUCACCGGCACAGCGCCCCUGAGAAGCUCCUCGCUACCCAGCUUCAGCUGUUACAGUUUGAAAGCGAUGGCUCUUCAUUGGAGCCUUAUAAUCCAUCAAAAUCUCCUGAUCGUUCCUUGUCCCCUUGUAGUAGUCAGUGGUCCCAUUCAUCACUCCAGCCUGUGAGGGAAGACAAAGAUCUUUCUCAAAACCAACCUCAUUCUCAAAGUAAGUGGGAUGGAAGUCGUUGCUCCACCCCAGGAUCUGUGUUCUUGGAAGGGGGUGAUGACGGUCUAAGCUCAAGUGAGAGGCUAGAAGGGAUGGAUGUUAAUGGUGGUUCCCUGCCCUCAGUUGAGCAUCAUCAUCCUUGGGGGCGAUCUGUGAGUGUGCCAGGUGAUCCCACUGGAUCGUCAACCCAGGGAAGACUGAGCUCUGACCAAAUUCUUGAUGGAGACUUUGAGCCUGUUAGUGCUGCUGCCAGUGUGGAUACUUUGCUGGAGGAGCAGAGGGUGGUGGACAAAGAGAGAAGCAGAGGUAAAAAGUUGGAAGAUGCAGAAGGAGAAAUGGAUAUGAGGAAGUCAAAUUCGUCCAGGAACCAUCGUCGGAACCGCCGUCGAAGCGAGCGAUUUGCCACCAACCUUCGCAAUGAGAUCCAGAGGAAAAAGGCCCAGCUUCAGAGAAGCCGUGGCCCAGGAGGGUUGCUCUGCAGUGGGGAAACUGUCCAAGAGGAGGAUGGAACAGAUCUCACUGAAGAUGGGGCAGAACCAGAGGAUUUGCUUGCCCAGCAAAGAACUACCAAAGUUGUAUUUGCUUCACCUGUUAGUUCCCGAGACACAAGUACCAUGGCACCUGUUGAGAAACCAACUGAAACAAACCAUAAUGCCUCAAAGACUCAGCCCCACUCAACAACCUACCCUCAAAGCGACAGCCUAUCUAGGUCUGUCCAAAUUCUGGACCCUGGAGUGCCCAGUUUUGGGGUUGGCAUCAGGGUCAUUGAGGAGCCAGCUCCUGCUGGCAAAGCCCGCCGCUGGCGUUGGACCCCUGAGCACAAACUCCAACCAGAACCUGAACUAGGCAGAAGGAAUGGAGUCUUGGGUGAGAGGGUGUUAGGAGUCUCAGGGUCAAGGCAUGGGGUUUGUGCCUUCACCUCUUCAUCCUCGACAUACCAUCGCUCAUCUUCCUGUUCUCGGAUGGACGAGUCAGAUAUCCUUCCAUUUGCAGAUAGAAUGAAGUUUUUUGAGGAGACUAGCAAGGGCAUAUCUGGGUCAAAUGGGUCAAGCUUGACAAGUCGCAGGCAGCACAGGCCCCAGCAACAUACAGAUCUUCAGGGAGGGGAGCUUGGCCAACACCAAACCCAAAGGAGGUACUCCUACCAGGGUGGCCUACAACAGGAAAGUGCCCUGCUUCCAAAUACUGUGGAGUCCCGGAGGCUGUCUGUUAGUACCAGCAGAGAAAGGCAGAGAGAGAGGGAGAGGGAACAAGAAGAGAGGGCGAGGGAGAGGGAAGAGAGGCUGAGAGAAAGGGAGAGGGAAAGACAGGAGAGAGAAUUAGAAAUGGAAAGAGCAAGACUCAGGGAGAUACAGCGAGAGAGGGAAAGAGAGGAGAGGCUGAGACAGUGGGAGAGGGAAAGAGAGAGGGAGCUUGAGUUGGAGAGAGAAAAAGAGAUGGAGAGGGCCAAAGAGAUGGAAUGUCUCAAGAGAGAGAGGGAGAAAGAGCUUGAGAGAGAGAGGGAAGAUGCUCAGGCCACCUCACAUCAGGAGUUCUAUGGCAGUUCUGAAGACUAUCAACCUAAGGACAACUUCCACAACUUUCAGCCAAAGCCUCAGUCCUUCCCCCAUGGCCAUACUCAGAAUCAAAUCCCACGAUCAGCUUUUUAUCCAGUCAACAUAUCUUCACAGCCAUUGGAGUAUCAGCAGCCUCUUCAGCAGGGAUAUUCAGCGAGAAGCUAUACGCCUACGGAGAUGUAUCCCGCCCGGCAACAGGAAACUGCCAAACUCAACAGGAAGUACAGCUUAACUGAGAGGGACUACUCGAGCUGGAGACGGGAGUCCAGACCUCCAGAGAUUGUAAGUCAGUACCAUCACCCAGGCCGAUGGAGCUCCAGGCAGGUGGAUGGUGGCACCAAUGAGCAGAAUGGAUACGCUUUCCCUCCCCCACCUGCUCCUCUCUCCCUCCGAGGACGAGCCAUGUCUGAAAACGACCUCCGCUUCGACAGCAGCCACCGAUGGUCUCCGUCCAUUUCUGUGACAACCAGCCAGACGCUGAGUGAGGUGGAGGAAGGAGCUGGUGGUGUUAUCAGAGGUGAAGCCAACAACACCGCCCAGCAAAACAGGAAGAAGACGCCACCCCCUCCAAGACCCCCACCCCCAAAGUGGGAGCAGUUCCACCGCAGACGUGCAUCCCACCACACCCUGUUCUCCUCCUCUUCUUCAUCUGCUCCACACUCCAACCCUCCCUCCUUCGUCCCUCCACCAGAAACGUCCAGACAGCGCUCCUACAGCCUUCCUCCAGAGAGACAGGAAAUGUCCGAGGGCUGCCACCGCUGCAGCUGCAACCAAACUCAACAGUUUUCCCACGCCCCGUCCAAUCAGAGACAAACACACGCCCAGGAACCUACCUUCUCCCUUACUCUGUCCAAUCAGAAUCAGGUUCAGGAGCAGCCUUUUACUGUAGCGCCACCGAGUCCCAUGUUCUCCAGGCGGACGUUUAGACCGGUGGCUCCGCCCCAAAGAGAGAGGAGUCCUUACUGUGAGCAGCAGGAGAGGGUGGAGGUUUUACCAACUCCACCACCACCUCCUCCACCACGAGAGGACAGUGUGAGCAGUGUAUCUGAGAUGAACGUCAGCCACAGCCCAGACCAGGACAAAUUAAAACCUCACAAACCCCAGCCCAACGUGAGACCAGGAGCUGAAUGGGAGAGGACUCCAUCUCCCAGGGUUCAUAGCGACUCAACUCUUCCACCUGUGUUAGAAAACGGAGGUUUUGAUACAGAUUUACCCCCUGAGUCCUACUUCUCCAUCGACUAUGAGCAGCAGCUUCAAGCAGGCGUCGACCACCAGAAGAUCCCUGAACCAGGAACAGAAUCAGAGACCACCCUCAGCCCCAGUCCUGCUCACAGCCUGGACGCGGAGCUGGACAUCCCCAUGGAGACGGACAUCGACGACUUCCAGGAGGACGAGGUGCUCCCAGUGAAGGACGAGCCGAUCACCAGCGAGCUCCCGUGCUUCGCUCUUCCCGUCACCGUCCUGGAGACAGAUAUCGACACUUUGCAAGACUCGUGCGAGGCCUCGCCGGCAGGCAGGACGAGGGUGGAGAGCAGCUCUGUGGAGGAAGAGCUGGAGGCUGGGGAGAGCAGCAGAGAAGAGAGGCUGAGUCUGGAGGAGCUUUUCCCCCACAGUGGUGAGGGGGAGUCGGGCACAGAGAGCUGGAGGGGAGCCUACCAAACCCCGGAGCACAACACCGACAGCCUGGAUAGGCGGUCGGGCGCGAGCUCCAGCUGCUCAUCUUAUUACAGCACGUCUGCAGCCAAAGCUCAGCUGCUGUCACAGAUGAAGGACUUCACGGAUAACAGAGAGAGGAACGAGGACGACGAGCUGACGUACAAGAAACAGCUGAUGGAGAGCCUUCGUAAGAAGCUGGGCGUGCUGAGAGAAGCUCAGAGAGGGCUGCAGGACGACAUCAGAGCCAACGCACAGCUGGGAGAGGAGGUGGAGAGCAUGGUGGUGGCUGUUUGUAAACCCAACGAGGUGGACAAGUUCCGCAUGUUCAUCGGCGACCUGGACAAGGUGGUGAGUCUGCUGUUGUCACUGUCCGGGAGGCUGCUGAGGGUGGAGACCACGCUGGACACACUGGACCCUGACACGGAGCACCACGAGAGGCUCCCCCUGCUGGAGAAGAAGCGUCAGCUCAUGAGGCAGCUGUCUGAAGCUCAGGACCUGAAGGACCAUGUGGACCGCAGAGAGCAGGCCGUCAGCAGGGUGCUCGCCCGCUGCCUCUCCCCUGAGCAGCACAGAGACUACAGCCACUUUGUGAAGAUGAAGGCGGCCCUGCUGGUGGAGCAGAGGCAGCUGGAGGACAAGAUCCGGCUGGGAGAGGAGCAGCUGCGGGGGCUGAGGGAGAGUCUAGGACUGGGUCUGGGGAUCGGUAUGGGAAUGUCGAUGGGAUACGGACAUUACUGAAGGAAAAAAGAAGAAGAAGAAGGGUGUGUUGUCAGAUUCACGUCACUUAAGUUUAAGAUUUUUAAGAGAUGGCAAACGAAGAUUGAUUCUUAAAGAAAUAGUUUGACAUUUUGGCAUAACUUAGGAUAUUGACUUCCAGCUCAGCGUCCCUUAAAGUGACCAUUUAAUAGGUUUAAAGCCAUUUAGACCACCUGGAAUACAUCAAAGAGGAUUUACAAGAAGUGGACUUAGUUUCUUGUUCAGAAAAGUGAAGCAGCACCCUUUAAAUGCCUUAAUUAUGCAUGUUUCUUCUAAGGGCCAGCAGGUGGCGACCUUGAUCAGAGUUGACUGAAUUCCAUUUGAAGAUUAAUUAACUUUUUAUUGAUUUAGCACCUUAGUUAUUUUACACCUUUAUGGUGUCAGUGGCUAAAACCGAGGUGUCUUGAAUAUACGAGGAAGUUUAUUUUGUGAGUUUUGGUGCCAUUUAAAGUAAAAUAGGCUUUUUGUAGAGUGUUGAUCCAUCUGAUUUAUAUGGAGGUUGAAGGAGACAAAAUAUGUCAAGUUUAAUCUUUUGUUGUGAGUAAAGACACUUGACAGGAAUACUUGGCAUAAAUGGAUCUGACGUCAGCCAAAUCUCAGCCGCCCCUCGCUAACUGAGCUAACGUUUGCUGAUAUCUUGACAUUCAUUUACUCAGUCACUUCUCUAAAAGUGCAGCCUUUCUGUUAAGUAAAAAGUAACUUCUGGCUCCAAAAUAACAAGAUAGGGCUGGCCAGAAUGCCAAAUACGAGACUACCCUUAAAUUCAGGAUAACCUACCAAGAAAAUGUCCCUACUUCAGUCAGUGGAGCGGUGAGUGAAGUGAAAAAUACGAGAGGGCUAGUAGGAAAAUUUCAGGGUAUUGUGGGGGUGAAAAACAUGCUGCAUGCAGCUCACCCAGGCAAAUUCAGGAAAUUUCCAGGUGUUCUGUAGGGCUUUUGAUAACCAGUGGUCUAGCCGUAUUUGAAAUAUUUUCACUGAACUGUCAAACUAUCCCUUUAAGGAUCAGAAAAACAUAGAUGCUGUUACACCUACAAAUAUAAUAACUGCCCAUAAACAUAAUAAGCACCAAAUGCAAAACAAAUCCAUAGUUUUUGAUAUAAAAAAUUUGUUGUUGCCUACUGCAAAUGUAAGAACAAUAUCCCUACAAAUGUAGUAACUAUUAUACUUGCAGGGAUUUAUUUUGUAUGUGGAAAUCUCUGGCUUUUAAAAAUUGUAUUAUUUCCGACAAAUGUAAGAUGAUCAUGAAAACUGAAUGUUUGUGGUCACUGUUUGUUGUAGCCUGUAGGUUCGCCAUGAAACAGGAAGUAGUUUUUCACAGUCUUAAAGCACUUGUAGAGCCACUAAUCUUAGCAGAGUUGAUUCAAGCGUGUCAAAACAGCACUUUGAGGAAAUUGUAAAGAUGAAGUACAGAGACAUUGUUUACCCAGCCAGUUUUAUUGUUUUACAAUAACUUAAAAAUCCCCAUCUAUUCAGAAUUUGUUUAUGGUCUCAGAAGGUUUGUACCCUGAAUGACAAAGUUUGUUUAUUCAUCUCUCUUUAAACUGUAAAAUUACUUAUAUUUGGAUCAGAUGAACCCCCUCUGAGGGCUUACUUCAAGAAGAACCCCUUGGAUUUUGUAGGAUUUUUUCAAAACUGAUAUUAAUCCUUUCAUUUUCUCACUUACAGAUUCUGUGCCAAAAUUCAUGGCUCUACGAGUCUUUUUGAAGACUCUGAAAAAAUCAACUUCCUGUUUCAUGGCGAACAAAAAGUCACCAUGGCUCGUUUUUAGAUGUCACUUGAGCUUUUGCUGACUCGAACCCACUGGCUAUUGUAAAAAGGCUUCAAGAAUAACCCCAACUUUCAUUUUUCAUGUUUACUUCUGUGGGGAAUUCAUAAAUUUUAAGAGACUGUGAUUUUCACAUUCCCAUAAAUGUUUUAAAACCCUGCAAAUGUAAUAGUUAUUAUGUUAGUGGCAACUGCUAGCAUGUUUGUGGGUUUUUACAAUUUUGGGCAGUUAUUACGUUUCCAAGUGUAACAGUUGUAAAGGUUUCUGGACCAAAGGCAACAGCUAGACCAGCUUGAGCACACAGAAAACUCAACUCUGACAUCCAACAAAGGCCAGGACUACAACAGGAUGUCCAAAGGAUCAUGAAGAGAAGGAGUGAACUUGUAAGUUUUACAGUCAAGUAAAAAAGACUCUAAAGUGGAGGAAAGUGAUACUUGGACUCCCUAAAUCUUCCAAUACAUUAAGAACAUAUCUAUAUUUUUGAACACAAAGCGGACAAGAGGACGCUAUCACCCCUAUCUUUCCUCAAGUCAAAGACUAAAACCCAAUGCUAAAAAAAGAAUGUAAAGUAUACCUUUAUAAGUGAGGAUGUGUAAUGAUUAUAACCUCUGUGCCUGAAACGUACUGUAACGCUAACACUAACCAGUAUCACACUACGUUGCCAAAGACGCUUCAUGAAUGUGUCACUGAGACGCUGCUUUUUGAGUGUGUUUUCUUUUUGUAUUUAAAUCUCCUGGUUCAGAGAAUCAAAGGAGACUUUAUUUCUGGUGCUUCACACUUUUAAAAAUGUUUCUGUUAACAAAACUGAAGGCUUUAUCACAAAUACCACUCCUGCAUCGUUAUUGGGAAGUUAUCUUAUUUUGUCUUUGUUGCUGGUUGACACCGUGGUUCAGCAUACAUAUACUGUAUUAUCUACAAUAAGUUCACUAUAUAGCUUUUUAUUACUGUAAUGUCUGUGGAUGUCACAUGUUUCACUGUGUGGAGUUUGACACCCCACCGACUCGUUAUACUGUCACAUAUUUACUGUUCUGUACAGACGACACUUUGUUUAUAAUGUGAAAGAUGUGUAUAUAGUGAUUAUGAUGUUUGAAGCGACUGGAAAAGGUUGUAAAAAUUGGUUGUUAAAGAUGGACAAGAAGACUGCAAAGAGAAAAGUUUGUUGUAUAUUUUUGACUGAGAAUAUAUCCCAAGUAGAGUAGCCAAUUUUGCUGGUAGCAUGAUCACACAUUUGGUCAAGUUUUUACAAAGUUAACCACCAUGUUGUGCCCCUUACUCAGUCGUCUUAAAGCCUUUCAGUUAAAAAUGUUGUCUAGUUCAAGUUUAUUGGAAACUUUGGAUUUCUAGAUGAGAGUAAGAUGAGACUGAUACCCUUGUCAUGUCUUUAUGUGAAGUUUAAGGCCAUAGCAAGCAGUUGAUUAGCUAAGCGUAGCAUUUUUUUUUUUUUAAAGGAGGGAAAAAGCUAGCUUAACAUUUCUAAAGUAAACUAACAGUCAAGCAGUGUCCUGGCUAGCUUGUUUUACUAGCUUGCAUCUGUGUUAUUUUAAUGGGGACUGCCUUGUCAAAAUAUCUUACUGGCAACAACUUCUAAGCUAAAUAUAUAAAGAAAUACUGUGCUUUUUUUACAUCAACAAAAACCCAACCAUAAAAAGACACAAAAGCUGUUGAGCAUAGCCUAUUUUAGCUAGUCACGCAAGCUGUUUUUAGCUAGCAUACCACGGUGCUGUUUCACAGUCGAAAAAGACACAGAAGCAGGCUAGCUGUUGAGGAUAGCCUAUUUUAGCCAGUCAGGCUAGCUGUUUUUAGCUAGCGUACCAUGGUGUUGUUUCACAGUUGAACAAAUUUAACAUGUUAGUGAAUGAGCUUUGAAGAAGGACAUAGUGUAUUCUUUGUCAAGGCAGGCUCGCAAAAUACCUCUUUUUCUCCCCCUAAUGCUAAGCUAAGCUAACAGACCAAUAGAAUUCCCCUCACAUUUCACAAACAUAUUCAUGUAGGGUAUCAAUCUACUCACCUAAAUGUCAGCAAAACAUAAACACAUGUAUUUCCAAAACUGUGUGUUUAUUUAAACAAAAAUGCCAAAAAUUGAAAAACUAGAUGUUAUUCUCAUUAUCUGUGAGGUUUAAAGGCAAUAAAUUCAUGCAGAAAGAAUACUGCAGCCUAACAAGUGAUUGGAAGGAUUUUGGAAGAUGAAUGUGUAUAUAUUGGCUGUUAAAGGUGGUCCUGUUGAAAUUAUUAAAAACAUACAGACUCAUUUACUUUUGGUCUGCAGUAUCAUUUUAGUGGUUGGACUUUUUCUUGGAAGAAGCAACUUUAUGUUUUUCAAAGCCACAGUUUUAUUCUUGCUUUUAUUCAUUCCAUUUGUUCAUUCUCUAACAAUUCCUGUUGUUUUAACACCAAAAAGCUUAAGAUAUCCACGAUAAUUGUUCUGAAUUGUACAUAUUAUGUGUAUUUUUGUACUAUAACAGCCAUUUUCUAAAAACCGACUGGAAAAAGAAAGGAAAAGAAGUCACUUGUUGGGCUAGUGUGAGAGUAUAUUUCUUGUUCUUGUUUUCCCAUGUAAGUUUGAUAUAUUACAGACUUUUUUUGUAAAAUGUAUUUCAAAAUGUGUAAGUGCAAACACUCCUGUGAGUAAAAAGUACCAUAAAUAAUAAUAAUAGUAUUUUAAACAA